UCAGUGCGCAUGUGCGCGGAUGUGCGUUGGGUCUUCGGGUAAAGAUGGCGGAGCGUGGUUACAGCUUUUCGCUGACUACAUUCAGCCCGUCUGGUAAACUUGUCCAGAUAGAAUAUGCUUUGGCUGCUGUAGCUGGAGGAGCUCCUUCAGUGGGAAUUAAAGCUGCAAAUGGCGUGGUCUUGGCAACUGAGAAGAAACAGAAAUCCAUUCUGUAUGAUGAGCGAAGUGUCCACAAAGUGGAACCAAUCACCAAGCAUAUAGGUUUGGUGUAUAGUGGCAUGGGCCCAGAUUACAGGGUACUUGUGCACAGAGCUCGAAAACUAGCUCAACAGUACUAUCUCGUUUACCAAGAACCUAUUCCCACAGCUCAACUGGUACAGAGAGUAGCUUCCGUGAUGCAGGAAUAUACCCAGUCAGGUGGUGUUCGCCCAUUUGGAGUUUCUUUACUUAUCUGUGGUUGGAAUGAGGGACGGCCAUAUUUAUUUCAGUCAGAUCCAUCUGUAAGUACCAUUAGGUGUAUUCGAGUAGAUUGUUAAAGUGCUCUUUGAAUA